GUGCCGCCGCUAUCAUUGUUCGAAGCGUGUUUUUGAAUGAAGUGUUCUAUCGGACCUCCUCUGUCGUGAAUUGAUCAUCUGUCAGAAAUGUCCGGCGAGCCUACGCAGAACGAGAUCGCUCUGCAAGACUGUCCCACGGACGGGAUCUCAGCUGUCAAAUUCAGCAACUCUUCAAAUCAGUACCUCCUCGCCUCCUCGUGGGAUGAGUACGUCCGCGUUUAUGACGUUCAGCAGGAUCGCUGCAAGCACAAAUUCGACCACACGAGUCCAGUUCUAGACGCAUGUUUCUACAACACUACCCACAUCUGGAGCGGAGGUGCCGAUAAGACGGUCCGCCUAUUCGACCUCCAUUCCGGGGCCGAUCUCCGGGCUGGAACACACGACGAUGCGGUUCGAUGUGUUGAGUACAUCCCAGACGUCAAUCAGAUCGUGACGGGCUCCUGGGACGGAAACAUCAAACUGUGGGACCCCCGACGACCGGUGGGAGCCGUGAGCACGCACGCCCAGGAUAACAAAGUCUACACUCUCGCAGUUUGCGGAGAAAGACUAAUUGUAGGCACCGCGAACCGCAAGAUCCUCAUCUGGGACCUCAGAAACAUGGCCUACGUCCAGCAGAAACGGGACUCCUCGCUCAAGUUCCAGACGCGGGCCAUUCGAGCUUUCCCCGAUCUCACGGGCUACGUGCUAUCAUCGAUCGAAGGCCGAGUAGCCGUCGAGUACCUCGACCCGUCGCCCGACGUACAGAAGAAGAAAUACGCCUUCAAGUGUCACCGAACGAAAGAGAACGGCAUCGAGAACAUUUAUCCAGUCAAUGCGAUCGCUUUCCACAGCAAAUACGGCACUUUCGCGACGGGAGGAAGCGACGGGUUCGUGAACAUCUGGGACGGCAACAACAAGAAACGUCUCUGUCAGUUCCAUAAAUUCCCAAGCAGCAUCGCAUCCUUAUCUUUCUCGCCCGACGGUAGCAUGCUAGCUAUCGCCUCGAGUUUCCAGCAUGAAUACACCUUGGAUCCGAAUGUCGAGCCCCCGCCCGACCAGAUCUUCAUUCGUCACGUCACAGACCAGGAAACGAGACCCAAAUGAAGCCCCCCUCUUCGGAUAAUUGCCUUCCUAUUGUACAAUAUAUCGAAUUAUUCCUCCAUAAUCCUCCCGCCUUCAAGAACUCGUAUACGAAUACGGCAGGGGGAAAUAUGGAGCUCCGGAACGUAGACUCAGACCGACCGGCUAUUACUCACCAUGCCUGGAC